CGGCGCUUCACGCCACACCGACGGGGCUGGGCUCCCUCACCCUCCUCCGAUCCAUCGUCCAGGCCGCUUGCUACCCCCUCUCCACCUACAUGGCCGUCCGCUACAACCGGACCCACGUCAUAGCUCUCGGUGCCUUCCUCUGGGCCGCCGCCACCUUCCUCGUCGCCCUCUCCAACACUUUCCUUCAGAUCUGAGGAAUUGGAGGUUACUGUGAAGCUUAAAAGUGGAAUUUGAUAGGCUUUUCCGGUUUUAUUUUGUGUGUUUUUUCCGGUGUUUUAGCAAGGUCCGAAAUCGAGUUGUGAGUUAUGGGAUUUUUGGUUUGAAACUUUUGAUGAGUUUAUAAUGUUUCAGUUGCUGAUGGAGAUUUUGGAAAAUAUGCAAAGUUAUUAAUGAGUGUGGCUUGGAUUUUGGUGUGAUCUGAUUUGUCAUCUGAUCCGACUAUUUUGAGAAGACGAUCUGAGCAGAUUUUCCAUGAGAUUAGUGGUAGUGGAGGGCUUAGGCCACCGGAUCCAAGUCCGAAGCCUACGACUGACCUCUUGCGGGGUCGCAGUCCCUGCGGUAGCAAUCUCAAGAGCCUUGAAUGGUAUUGGACUAGCCCUGGUGGUACCGGCCAUCCAGUCCCUUAUAGCUGACUCUACUGAUGACAGCACUCGUGGUAUUGCUUUCGGAUGGCUACAACUUACUGGUAAUAUUGGUUCCAUCCUGGGCAACUUCUUCGCUCUCCUGCUGGCAUCGACAUCAAUCAUGGGAAUUGCUGGUUGGAGAAUUGCUUUCCAUCUAGUCGCCAUAAUAAGUGUGGCUGUAGGAAUCUUUGUCCGGCUAUUUGCAGUAGACCCCCAUUUUUCCUCCAAUGCUGUUUCGAGUAAUGACCUUAUUUCACGCAAGUGUGUAUGGGCAGAAGUGAAGGACCUUAUCAAGGAAGCCAAAGCUGUUAUGAGAAUCCCAUCAUUUCAGAUUAUAGUGGCUCAGGGUGUCACUGGAUCAUUCCCAUGGUCAGCCCUGUCAUUUGCACCCAUGUGGCUGGAGAUUAUUGGGUUCUCGCACAAAGUAACUGGAUUACUCAUGACAUUGUUCUCAGUUGCAACUUCGCUUGGAGCACUGUUUGGAGGAAAGAUGGGGGAUUUUCUUGCCAGACACUUUCCAAACUCUGGUAGGAUAGUUCUAUCACAAAUAAGCUCUGGCUCUGCCAUUCCACUCGCAGCCGUGCUGUUGUUGGUCUUACCUGAUGACCCCUCCACGGGACUUGCCCAUGCCAUUGUGUUGUUCAUCAUGGGAUUGAGCAUGUCUUGGAAUGUUUCAGCUACAAACAGUCCUAUAUUUGCAGAGAUUGUCCCUGAGAGAUCAAGAACCAGUAUCUAUGCUCUGGAUAGAUCUUUUGAGUCCAUACUUGCUUCAUUUGCUCCUCCUGUUGUUGGCAUAUUAGCUGAGCACGUCUAUGGGUACAAACCAGUUUCCAAUGGAUCAGGUGAGGGUACGGCUGUCGAGACAGACAAAGAGAAUGCUACCUCCCUAGCCAAAGCACUUUACAUUGCAAUAGCAAUUCCAAUGUCGCUUUGUUGCUCCAUCUACUCCUUUUUAUACUGCACCUAUCCUAGAGACAGGGAGAGGGCGCGAAUGGAAUCUCUGAUAGCAUCCGAGUUGCAGCAUAUGGAGUUGGAAAUUCCUCUGAGAGCAGGAGGUUAUUCUCAGAUCCAACUUUCUGAACCAGAUUUGUAUAAACAAGAACCGUUUGUGCUUGAUAUGGUUUUUGGAGAGGAAAAUAUUGAGACCGAUGAGAACGGUGAGAAGAAAUUACUUUCUGAUGACGUGGUGUUAUCAGAUGCAAGGGGCUAGCAUAUAAAUCAAAGCCAACACUUUGUGUCCCAUGGUGAGAUAUCUAAAUGAUUAAUCCAAUUCCCAUGCUGAUGCUUUCUAAAACAAUCAGUAUGAUUUGUCCAAGUCCUUGCUUCUGAAAACCACAUAUCUGACGUUCAGGAUUCAAGUAAGAAGAUGGGUCGCAUGCAUAAGAUUUCAUUACAAGCAGAUAGAAUUUAUUGUUGUUUGAUAAUCUGAGAGAUUCAUAAUUUUAAUUUAGAGACAGAAACCAUUGAUCAAGAAAAGAUAAAGAAUCAAAACAAAAUUAUGUGAUGAUUGUAUCCUGAUUGUAAGUUUAAUUCCUUAAAAUUCUAAAACCUUCAUGUAAACUGUCCAUGGACAUUUCGGUCAGAUUAACUUGUGAUUGCACUUUCCUAGUUCGUU